CGUGAUCGUAACCAUUAACGGGUGUUUUGCAUGAUUUGAUCCACUUGUAACUUGCAUAAGGCUACAUUUGGGUUACAAUGCAAGAAGCUCCCCUCGGAGUCAUACCUGGCUGGCUGCAAAUAGACCAGUUGACUAUAUGAUGUGUGAACAACGUGCUAUUUCUGACAUUCGUUGACAGCCAGUAACACUGUGAAGUCACAGACAGCUGAUCUGGCAGAGAUGACAUCAACUUUUCUUUCACUGCUUUUAUGUAGCUUGCAGGCUUUGGUCAAUGUUUCUGGAUGGACGUACGACGGAAAAACAGGCGUAAAUCAAUGGGCGAAACUUUUUGCACCAUGCGGCGGACAAAAACAGUCCCCAAUAAACAUUCUGUCUGCCGAUGCAGAGGAAGAUUUAACUCUUAAGCCUUUCAAGCUGAACGGUUAUAACAGCGUCCCAGCGAACGCCGAAUGGGUGAUAGAGAAUAACGCGCACACAGUCCAAGUUAAUAUUAAAUCGGGGGAAUACAGUGUCCAAGGUGGAGGUUUGCCCAGGAAUUACAAACUGCUUCAGUUCCACUGGCACUGGGGUAUGACCAGCAAGGAGGGCUCAGAACACACAGUUAAUGGGAAAAGCUAUCCCAUGGAGCUUCAUUUAGUUCACUAUGCGUCAAAUUACACGUCGCCUGGAGAUGCGCUCGAUAAAACCAACGGGCUGGCAGUGUUGGGUUUCUUCAUAGACGUCCAAGCGGAAGAUAAUCCAUUCUGGGAAGGCGUAGUAAAUAUGAUGUCUAAAGUUGCCUAUGGAGGUACCAGUGCUCCUAUGCCUCCCGUAAUCCUGGCAGAACUUUUACCCAACCCAGACAAACUGAACGAGUUCUACCGUUACGGAGGAAGUCUUACGACCCCUGGAUGCUUUGAAUCUGUCAUAUGGACCGUUUUCACUGAACCAAUUCGUUUGUCCGAGAAACAGCUCCAAAAAUUCCGCCUUUUCCUCAGGUUUAAUAAAGCCGGAGAAGCCCCUGAACCCAUGGUUAAUAACUACCGCCCAGUUCAACCUCUAUAUGACCGGCUGGUAUACAAAAGCGUAUCUGAUGAUCGUCGAGGUUGGAGUAUGGAAUUGUUCCUUUUGCUUGCAGUUAUGGCCGUGGCUUGCAUGUUCUACCAAUCCGUCACCAAGACCGUUACCACAAAAAAGGCGGAUUGAGUCUUUUGGAGGAGGGAGUGAAAAAUAUACCUUUGGCAAUUAUUGAUAUUGCAAAGAAAAAUACAAACACCUUUUACAACAGCAUUAUUAUCUGCAAUACAACCGAGUUGGCAGAUUGAAAUAUUAGUAUUUUGGGGCAUUUGUUUUUUGUUUGUUUUUAUUAAUUUAUUUUU